ACCCUUCUAGAGACUACCACUAGCCUCCUAAACCACGAUCUCCACUGGUCCCUUUGCAACCUGAGAGCCUCUGUCACCAGAGGGCUGACCCCGAAACAGGAUUAUUGUUGUAUCUGUCUGCAGCAAUACAAGAGAAGGCAAGAGACCUCUGAUGAAAUCAUUGUCUUCAGCUGUGGCCAUCUCUACCACUCCCUCUGCCUGCUGAGUAAAGAAUGUGGCCUGGAAACCCAAGGGCUGAUGAGAUGGACUUGCUACAAAUGCAACUCCAGUAACAAAGCGGGGAAGCUAUGUGAGAGCUUCUCAGAGUUGAAAAAAGGAAGCAGCACAUCUCUGGCUCAGGCAAGUUCAGAGUCUGCGUUGGAUCCCCAGCAAAUCCAGGCCUUUGAUCAACUCUGCCGACUUUACCGGGGAACCUCCAGGUUGGCUCUCCUGACAGAGCUGUCCCGGAGUCGUGGUGGAGAAAGGCCCGGGCCUCUCAGCGUCUCGCAAGGCGACUCUGCCCUGAGCAGUGUUUUCCAGAAUGAGAAUUUCCAGCUGCACCUUGCUCCCCCUCCAUUCGCAGAGGAGUAGCUGUCUUCCCUGGUGAGGCCCAUGGCGGCUGCAGAGUACUGUGGGACAAUUCCUGCCAUCGAUGCAAGAGACUGAGUGACUGAUGCAGAGAUCUGUCAUGCUUGUUCAGAUUUGCGGGUCUGUGCAAACGUGACUUCCUUUUGUGACAUUGCUUUGUGAUCAGUGGGUUUAUAACAAUAGGCUAUCUCUAUUAGGAUCCCUCUGUCAGCCUCUUUGUCCUCUGGAAGCUAUGAACUCUUUGGCAAAUCCAUCGGUGACAAGUACAAGGUCUUGGGGCAGCUGUACUAAUCCCUGGAGCUACUGUUUCUCCAGUCAGAGUAAACCCAAAUGCCUGGAAUCCAUGCCACGUCCGUUCUUAUUCCCAGAGAAUGCAUACCGUCCCACAUGCCAAGUCAGCAUAUCUUGAGCUGCUGCCUUAACACAUAUGAGGGAAGUGGAUAAUUAACUUGAGUUGAAUUUCAGUAUCAGUAAAAGCAGUAGAGGGAAGAAAUUCCUGCCUCAUAAGGAGUUUGCAAAUACAGAAUAGUGGAUCAGAUAGAAGUGGGUGGUUUCACUGCAUGGAGCACCGUGGACCUGGGAGGACUUGUGUGCAACACUCCUGUGAAAUUCCAUUUCGUAAUGAUAAUAAUAAUAAAAAAAAUCCUGUCCUUUAAGUUCUGUAGUCCUGAUGAACAGCUGUUUAAGCCACUCGCACAGUAGAGAGGGGGCAGAAGGGUUGUUUUGACAGGCGCAGCUCUGGAGAUGAUGGUUCUUCUCAUUGCCAUUAAUCAGAAGUUUGAUAGCAGAAGAUGCAUGACAGUAUCCCAUCCAGCUGGUUUGGAAGAUGCAACCUCUAGUCCC